AUUAUUAUUAUUAUUAAAGCGAAAAAGAGGUCCUAACAAUUGGGGAAUGCGGCGUCGGGGGGGGGGACAUUGGAGGACGAAGGGGCAGUGAUUGAAGCAAAGCGACGUCGUAGAUGCCUCAGAAGUUCCGGUGAUUCCAUUCGCCAUGUUGAAUGUGUGUUUUCACAUAUUCACUUUCUUUCGAUGAAAACUAUGCUCUAAAAAUUCUAUUAGUCCAUCCCCUCUUCUCUCUAUAAAUUAGAAUAAACCAAAACAGUAGAAGGAAGAAAAUAGCCCUUUGGAUCGAUGGCUCCCAAUCCGAUGAACAUGAGUAUGAAGCAAUCUGCGAAUUCGACGAGUAGCAUAGCAGGAGCAGCAGCAUCGUCGUCUCAAGAUAUUCUCAUCCGCGAAACGCUGCGUAUAAGUGCCAAUUUGGCGUCUACUCCCCUUCUCGAAACGGCGCCGCUUGAAUCCAGCUUGAGAAUGAUCUGCUGCGAGGAAAUCGAUGGGCGUCGAUGGAAGUACGUGGCAGAGACCGAUGCCUGUGGCCGAUUCAAGAAGAAUUCGUUUCGUCCUCUCAGCUUGCAUACUCCUCAGGCCCCUCUCGAUGAACUCAUGUCGUUCGUUAGAUCCUAUGUCGUUCCGGAAGGCUUCCCUGAUAGUGUUACCCCUUCCUAUGUCCCCUACAUGACAUGGAGAGCUCUUAAGCACUUUUUUGGUGGAGCAAUGGGCGUUUUCACAACUCAAACCCUUUUGAGUUCGGUUGGCGUCUCUAGAAACAGAGCUACUCCUGGGGCUGUUGCCAUCAACUGGAUUCUCAAGGAUGGUGCUGGUCGCGUGGGGAAGAUGCUUUUUGCUCGGCAAGGAAAGAAAUUUGAUUAUGACCUAAAACAGUUGCGGUUUGCUGGUGAUCUUCUCAUGGAGUUGGGUGCUGGUGUUGAACUGGCAACUGCUGCAGUGCCACAUCUAUUUCUUCCUUUGGCAUGUGCUGCUAAUGUAGUGAAGAAUGUUGCUGCUGUAACAUCCACAUCAACUCGGACACCAAUUUACAAAGCCUUUGCUAAAGGAGAGAACAUAGGGGAUGUCACUGCUAAAGGAGAAUGUGUUGGCAAUAUUGCAGACCUGUUAGGAACUGGUUUGAGCAUAUUGAUUGCAAAAAGGAAUCCAUCGCUUGUCACCACAUUUUCUCUCCUUUCAUGUGGAUAUAUCCUUAGCUCUUACAGAGAGGUAAAAUCUGUGGUUUUGCACACACUUAACAGCGCAAGAUUCAGUGUGGCUGUUGAGUCGUUCCUCAGGACAGGACGAGUUCCCACUUUGCAGGAGGGCAAUAUGAAUGAGAACAUAUUCAGUUUUCCAUGGAAAGAUAAGCCUGUUGUCCUUGGAUCAAGAGUCAAGGAAGCAUUCCAAGACCCUGGUGCAUAUGUUGCCAUAGAGCCUCUGUUUGAUAAGGAGAGGUAUAUUGUAACAUAUAACCCUUCGAAACACAAGGUUUAUGCUGUGCUCAAGGAUCAGGCAAAGUCAGAUGACAUUCUGAAAGCAGCAUUUCAUGCUCACGUGCUCAUGAGUUUCAUAAAAUCAUCAAAUGAAGGCAAGGCCUCGUCUUUGAAGCAAAAGGAUGAUCUUAACACAAAUGUGAUGGGCACAGUUGCUGAUCUUGAGGCUUCUAUAGCUGAUUCUUGCAAGAUUGUGGCAAUUUCUUAUGGGCUUUUCAAGAAUAAAGCUAAGGAGCAGGGUUGGACAAUGUCCGAAUCACUUCUAAAUCCUGGUCGAGCUAGGCUGUAUCCACAUGAUAAUAGAUGAUAUUCUCAUAUUGUCAGCUGGCUGCUGUUGGGUUGAGUGCCUAAAGUUUUUGGAUUGCUCUGGAUGUGAAAUGAGUCAGGCAACUAAAGAUUAAAAUCACCAUCGUCCAAAGAGAACUUGCAAUGCUCAAGUCGAAUCGUGCCAUCCUUGAUCCUUACAAAAGCCAAUUGAACUUUCCACAGGAUGUUAAGCAUGGAUGGCCUU